AUGGCAUCGAGUGUCCAUCGUUGGCUUGGCGUUGGCUUCCUGACACACGGAAAUCUCUCAAGUGCCGAUCUCUGCAUCUUCGACCCGGACGCGAAGCUAUUAGACUAUCACCUCGACGACAAUCAGCUUCUGCGAUUGGAUGAAAGUCAGGAUUGUCCUCUCCUACAGAAGAGUGACAAGGGAUUCAUGAUGUCACGUCGUUGGGUUAGCUGCGAUCCGAAAGAUUUGGCGAUUCAGCAAGGCACCGUACAGUUUCUGGCAGUCGCUUCCGAACGUCCGUUAGUGGCUGGGGUAUCGCUGCAGGAGAACGGUGUGGUGACGGAGCAAGCGUUUGCGCGGGUAAUUCCACCUGUGAUGCCCCAAUCGGAAGCGCACGACAUUGGCCUUUUCAGCUAUGAUUUUGUCACAGCUGGUGUGGAAGUACCCGGCGCCUUGACAACAUUAUGGUGCGAGCUGCAGCCGAUUCCCGAUGUUCUUUUGCAACGUGUCCAUCACCUGGUCAAGCUCGAACCGAUCAUUCCCGAUUCACCGUACGACCGACUUGUCCAUCAUGUCAGGCUCCAAAAAUGCGACCUGCUGGAAAGCGCCGCCUUCUCUGGGCCCUGCAGUGACCGUCAUUUUGUGCCGGAACACGUUCGACGCUGUCAGACCGUGCAAGCGGCAUGGGUGCUUGGGACUGAGGCCAUCGUUCUGCCACCAGAAGCGGGCAUUCGGAUUGGCGGCCGGGGUACCGUUCACUAUAACAACCCGAACCUCACCACCGGCAUCAUCGACAGCUCGGGGCUGCGGCUCAGCUUCACCCCCGAAUUGCGGCCCUUCGACGCGGCGAUGAUGGCCGUGGGUACGCACUGGUCGGAUUCGAUGAUGAUCCCGCCGGGGCAGCUGGACUUCCCCCUCACCGGCUUCUGCACACCGGAGUGCACUAGUGCGUUUCCGUCGACAGGAAUCAAAAUAUUUGGCAGCCUAUUACAUGCCCAUCUUACCGUGACCAAGAUCUGGACUUCGAUAUAUCGUCAAGGCCGUCUCAUUGGCCAAUUGAAUCGUGACGACAACUACUGGCCCUUCUGGCAGCGCCUCUCCCAUUUCGAUCCGCCCCUCCAGAUUUUGCCGGGAGACACCUUGGCAACGACAUGUUUGCACGACACUCGCGAUCGGACCGCGCCUACCUACAGCGGACUCGGGUUGGACGAGGAAAUGUGCAUCAACUACCUCCUCUACUACCCGGCCGUCGACAUCGAGUCGUGCAGAAGCGAGGUGCACAAUGCCAGCCUCUACGAUUUCAUUGAGAAACGUAUGCCCGCGGAUGCCAAUCUUUCGAGCCCUCGGACCACAGCCGGAGACUUGGCCGAGCUGCACUGGUCUGAAGACGAUAUCGUCGCGCUACGCGAGCUCUACGCAUCCGCGCCGCUGAACGUUCACUGUUUGCGGGAGACCGGGGUAGCUGUUAAUGAGGAGCACGACUGGACGAAUGUAGAGCUUCCAAGUGUUACGGAGGCUUCCCUAGAUGACCCCGACCGGACCCAUUGC